CACACGUCACAAGUAGCCAUACAGCUUCACCUUGCGGGAACGCGCCACUGUGCGCGGUCACGCCGACUAUUGUUUUUUUCCACAUCAACAAGGAGAUCACCGGCCAACAAGACAGCAGCCAACUGGGAGACGACGUCUGGGAUUUCUUCACAAUGACGGACGAACAAGAAAUUAUGUGCAAAUUAGAAAACAUCUUGGAAGUCCGGAACAAAACAGUCCAGAUGCAGAAGAUCAAGUCUCGCCUCAAGAUUGAGUUUGAGGCUCUGGAGUCUGAGGAGAAGCAUUUAAAAGAGUACAAGCAAGAGAUGGAUCUUCUCCUGCAAGAGAAGAUGGCGCAUGUGGAGGAGCUGCGGCUCAUCCAUGCAGAUAUAAAUGUGAUGGAAAGCACCAUCAAGCAAUCUGAGAACGACCUAAACAAGUUGCUAGAAACAACCCGGCGCCUGCAUGAUGAGUACAAACCUUUGAAGGAGCACGUCGAUGCACUGAGGAUGACCUUGGGUCUACACAGACUCCCUAAUCUGAACGAAGAAGAGGAGAAGCUCUCGCUGGAUUACUUUGAGAAGCAAAAAGCAGAAUGGCAGAAGGAGCCACAUGAGCCCGCUAUCCCAGAAUCCCUUGCUGCCGCUGCAGCUGCGGCACAGCAGCUUCAGGUUUCCCGGAAGCAAGAUGCCCGCCAGACAGCCACCUUCAGACAGCAACCUCCACCUAUGAAGGCUUGCCUGUCAUGCCACCAGCAGAUUCAUCGCAAUGCUCCCAUCUGCCCCUUGUGCAAGGCCAAGAGUCGCUCACGCAACCCAAAGAAGCCCAAAAGAAAGCCUGAUGAGUAGACUCUGCUCGCUGUUUGCAAUUUACAGGCCCAGUACACUGAUCCAGGAUCUGUCUUGCACACAGAAGUGACAGCUCAACGCAUUAGGACAACUUUGACUAAAUGUAUUAUUAGUACUUAAAUCGCUUUAAACUUACCACUGAACCAGGAUCAGAGGUGUGUGUGUUUCUCUCAUUGCUAUUGGCGUGUUUAUAUGUAACUUCCUCAUUAGGUCUAGCAGCUGUGUAACUGCAAUAACAUUAACAAAACGGUCAGUAUCAUUUUUAGUCAACGUACUGUAUUUUAUUUACUAUUUCUGUGCAUGCGUGCUUCCAUGGUAUUGUGAUUUGUGCCAAAAAAUAGGUUUCAUUGCUAUGUUAAAUUAAAUAUUGUUGUUUACAGUGUUUUUAGUGACCACAGACCUCCAAGGGGUCCUUUGCUUUAAAUUGUGUUGUACGUUUUAGAACAGUGAUAUUACAAAUAAAUGUCUCUUUUUUAACUAAAA